UCCACAACCAUGACAUCUCCACGUCAGAGACGAGGACACCGGCCUCCCCCGCGCAAAAAGGCUUGUCAAGGCUGCACCAAAUCCAAAGUCCGCUGUGAUCUGGAGAAGCCGACCUGUUCCCGCUGCCGAUCGCUCGCCCGGCCCUGCGAAUAUCCAUCCCAUCCUCCUGUCGUCACCCCUCCGGCCGAGCUCAACUACACGGCGCCCACUGAGCCAGUCUUGCCGAUAUUCAGUUCAUCGCAGCUCGAUACAAUGCCUAUCCCCCUAGCCAACUUUAGCAGUUCGGCCUGGACUCCGCGUCAGCCACGCAGGCAGGCGUCCAACACUGUGCGUGAGGAAAUCAGUGGACUGGACUUGACGUUGGUUGAUCUGGUGCCAAGUGAAGAUGCGGUAAUCAUUCGCGAUCGAUGGCUUCGGCCUUAUAUUCUGCCUCCGCUGGGGCAAAAUGAGGUUCCGAAGACUUAUCAUCCAUUCACGCUGCAGUUCAUCUCCAGGAUAUUGAGCACAUAUCCCCGAUGUAUGAUGAGAGAUGGAGAGGUCCCGCCGAUCAUCCAUCGAUUGCAGGUUACGGGGGGUAGAAUGCCCCGUGCCUUGGCUAAUUGUUAUAGUCUGGUGCGAAUGUGGGAACAGGCUGCGGUGGGGAGUGAGGCCUUGGUGGUCGAGACUGUGGAGAAGGAGAUGGAGCGGCUGGAGAAUGAGGACAGGACUCGUUCGAAUGACAUCGAUCUACUUGCAACCUUUCAGGCCUAUCUCAUAUACUCUAUCAUGCUAUACUUCUCUCCUCUGGGAGACAGCCCGAAUGUCACCGACAAGGUCAUGAUUACACUCAUGGAGAUGGCUUUCCGUACUGCUCGGAAUGGACUCUUUUGUGCCGCUGAGAUCUCGCAUACAAAGCCUAGCUGGGAAUCGUGGAUUGUGGCGGCCGCUAAGCGCCGGUCGAUUUUUACCAUGUACUUGUUCUGUAGUGUAUAUAACGCCGACAAACUCCUGCCUAACUUUAUUGCGGAUGAAAUGACGGGCGUUUUUGCCCCUGAGGCCAAGCUAUUGUGGGAGGCUAGUACUCGAGAAACAUGGGAGAAAGAGUACGAUCGGCAUCUCCUCCAGUGGCAAGAUGGGAUGUUGGAGAUAUCGGAACUUUGGAGAUCUGCAGAGACGGGGACACCACGACGACGAGAAAGAAUUGGACGGUGGAUAAAAACAGUGGAUGAGUUUGGAAUGAUGAUGUUUGGAGUGACUACUCAUGUACAUGGGUGUUGAUCUUGCUAUGCCACUUCUGCCA